AUGGAUAACGUUCGAGGGGUAUCGUUGUUUAACCUUCAUCGUCGUGAGCGUGACGCCGUCGCUGGAAAGGGCAACGGCAACGGCAAUGCCACUCCCGUAGUAAUGGCUGAUUCGUUCAUUGCUAUCCAUAGUUACGAGGAGGAUGGGAAAGAAGGUGCUUUGCUAUACUUAAGUCCCAUAGCCUAUGGAGCCACAAGCCCUACGUUUAACAACAUAGUCAUGCCAGGAUCAGCUAUAUCCCUUGUGGUGAUCAAACUAUAUAUUAAGGAGUUUAAGGGUUGGUCCUUGUUGAUGGUGUUGAAAUUAGACUUGUCAAAACUUGUUGUGGUAUCGCCAGAAUCAAGUACUGUCAAGAACCAUAUUAACAGUUUUAUCAUUACAGAUAGUGCCGGGUUGACUUAUACGUUCCAGAAAUAUCUGAAAGCAUCCAACCAUCAUCAUCAGCAUCAUCAGCAUCAUGAUAAUGACGUUAAUGCCAGAUCUUAUAGUCGUUCCCUUCAUCCGAGCAAAAGCUAUACGUUUGCUCAACUACGUUCCCUUGGACAUUUGGUGAAGUCCAUUAAUGAAAUCACCGCCACAAAAGGUAGACUACUGAAGGAAAUCAACUCCUUCCCGAAGGAUCACCAAGACUUCCUACUGUCUUCAGAACAACUAAGGUUCGAAAUCGACCUAUUGCAAUUGGACUCCAAAAAGUUGAAACAAACGAACGAAAAACUAGCAUCCCAAAUCUACAACUUGAAUUUCAAAUUGAAACUGAUACGACAUCAUACAGAUUCUACAAUGAAUCAUGAUACCUUGUUUUCCGUGGAAAACGAACUCUUUGACUCUCAAGUCUCUUCAAUAACAAAGAACCUUGAAGAAUCCGUGUUCCCGGAUACCAUGGUGCUUUUAAUUGACAAGUUCACGCAAUUGAAUAAAAUAGUCCCAAUUGAACAAAAUGAUGUCAAUGGCAAUUUUACCAUUCUUCAACUCGAGUUCCCUUCAAAUACCACGUCCUUAUUGGAUAUUUGCUAUAAUUCACAGCAAUGGGAAAAGAUAGAGAAAGUUAACGUGGCUCUAACUUAUAUCGUUCGCUUCAUGGAACAACUUGCUACUUUGAUUUGUAUGCGCUUCAAAUACCCCAUAAAGUACAUUGAAAAUCAAUACUUUGUAAGUGAUGUGGAGAAUAAACACUACCCGUUGUUUUACGACUUGGAUAAAAGACGAAGAAGAAAUGUCGUACGGGAUUUGCCUUUCGAACAAGCAAUUUCCUUCCUUACUAAAAACUUGAUUAUUUUAAUCAGUAAAUACAUUGAUUUAUGGAAUCAAUAUCAAACUUUCCAUCAGUCAGAGUCUGUGGGUCACAUGAACACCCCACCACCCCCUCCACAAUUAUUACGUAAUAUUCCAUUUGAGUGUCUAGACAAUUUUCUUUGGAGUUUAAAGUAUUUGGUUCUUUUGGUUACUGCACCUUCAGUAACUCCGUGA